AUGGUUGCGGGUCGAGAAUGGAUUUUGCUGGUGUCGGCGCUGGUUGCAACCAGAAUUCCGUUGGUCGAUUGCGGGCUCGCUGACGAUGCUAAGGAGGAACAACAUGCUCCGACGGCGGCAGUGCUGUCGGGCAUAGAGAAAUGUCCUCGCAUGAUGCACUACGUCUUCGACGGCUAUGCGCCGAUGGGAAAUAAAAAUGCUGGGAAUUACACGGAAAAUUCCCAAGCGACUUCACUCGAGACGUGUGUGAGAGACUGCUGCCGCAAAGGGCCAAACUGUCACACGGCGUUUAUAUUUAAUGAAACGUGCUACCAUGUAAAGUGUAUCAGCAACGAGAUGUGCCUUCCGGCGAAGAGAGAGACCUCGUCGACGUUGCGCAUGGUGCUAGUUAACCCGGUCGAGGAUGGCCUAUCCGGUGCCUCAUGGUGGGAGGUGCUGAAAAAGACACAAGAAAAGCAUCUUCUAGCGAAUGGAGCAGCUCCGGUGCCGAUGCCCGAAGAGGAUGGCGAGGAAAACCUUUUGGGAAAACUCGCGGAGAUGUACAACUUGGCGAACGGUGUGGUGCGGACACGAGGCGAAAACAAGUACAGUCUCCCAUCCGUUGAAGACAUUUACCGAGGACAAUAUAAAUCGCUCGACUACGGAGCUCCGGGAGCAGGAUUCGAGAAGUACGCCAACAAUUACAUCCGCGAUCAGUACGACGAGGAAGCUGAAGAGAGCAAGUUCUACUCGGAGACGAAGGCGCUUGGCUCCAUGCGGCCGUGCGAUGUAACGCGCGAGGAUUCAUGUCCAAGGAACGAAGUCUGCGUUCGCGUGGUUUCAUCCCUCCACCAAGGCAUCUGUACGUGUCCUGAGGGGUUCGAGCGCGGUGAGAAGGAUAUGUGCCGUUCAAAGGAACCAUUGGUGGAACAAGCUAUCGGAAGCUCGAUUGCUGUCCCGCAGAUGCUGUCCGCACAAAAGCUUACGAUGGAAAACGGUGACACCGGCGAUUCGGAAGACCCGCUGCAGACACCGAUGCGAUCUUCGAAGGAGCUGACCGUAUCUGUGGCCUCGAAGGAUGUGCGUCUUCCGACGAAUGAGGCCACCUUGUCCGCAUACGUGAUACCUGACGAGAAAAUGAGCGGAGAUAAGUACAACUAUCUGUGGACGUUGGUAUCGCAGCCCAAGGGCGACAACAAUAGCACCAUCGCGGACCCAACGAAGUCCAUCGCGAAGUUGUCGGGGCUAGCCGAGGGUUUAUAUCAAUUUAAGGUAACGGUCAGUGGCCAGAACGGCUCGUACGGCGAAGGUUUUAUGAACAUCACCGUGUUACCGGAGCAGAAAAUUAAUAAACCUCCUCGGGCGGUCAUAACUCCCACGAACCAACCUGUACGGCUGCCGAAUCACGAAGCCAUCCUGGAUGGGAGCGCUUCGAGCGACGACGUCAAAAUUAUCCGCUGGCAGUGGGUGCUGGCCCAAGGCCCACUCGGGUACCAGCCCGAGCUGCCAGAGGUGAGCACACUUCAGCUGAAGGACCUCACGAUAGCCGGCAACUACACGUUCAAUCUGACCGUAGUAGACGAGCAGGGACUAAGCAACAGCACGACGGCCAUCAUACAAGUGCUGAAGGAAAUCGACUAUCCGCCGGAAGCAAAUGCGGGAAAAAACGUUAUACUAUACCUACCGAACAAUAACGUCACGUUGAAUGGGUCACUUAGCAAGGACGACAAUGGCAUCGUGGCGUGGGAAUGGACAAAAACCAGCACGAACCAGUCGAAGGCGGUCGAUAUGCAGAACACACGGACUCCGUUCUUGCAACUAUCCAAUCUGGAGGAGGGAGUGUACGCGUUUGAGCUGAAGGUGACGGAUGCAAAGAACCAGAGCAGCACCUCGAUGGUCCACGUAUUCGUGAAACCGCCCACGAAUCGUCCACCAAUUGCCAAAGCAGGCACGAACGGGACCACGAUCUAUCUACCGCAGAACUGGGCCACGCUUAAUGGAAGCGAAUCAAGCGAUGACAUAAAAAUUGCAACGUAUUCCUGGCAACAAGUUUCCGGUCCCAAUACAGCGCUGAUCGCUAACGCUAACGCUUCUACGGCGAAUGCGACCGGUUUAACGAUAGGAGACUACGUGUUUGAGCUGACCGUAUCAGAUGAAGCUAACAACAAUGCCAGCGAUCGGGUGCGUAUAACGUUGGUGCAGGAGAAAAACACCCCACCGGUGGCGAAUGCCGGAGGGGAUCAAACGGUGACGCUGCCCACCAAUGUGCUCGUGCUGAAUGGCAGUCGAUCGAGCGACGAUCUCGGUAUAGUGCGGUACAGCUGGACGCGGGAACCGGGCAGUCUUGCGAUUGGGACAAUAAUCGACGACAGCGACACCAAACCGGCGCUGAUUUUGACGAACAUCGUUACCGGACGAUACGUUUUUAAGCUGACCGUUUACGAUGGGCAAGGCCUGUCCGCUUCCGACACCGUUAGUAUUAUCGUGCGCCCGGACCCGUUGCUGAUGAGUUUGGUAGAGGUAACCAUCACGACCGAGGCCACCGUACUGACGGCGGCCGAGUUGGAUUCGAUCGAGCAGAAGCUAACCCUGCUGAUAGGCGAUAAUAUGGCAAAACUGCACGUUCGAGAGUUGAAGGUGGAACCGAGGACUGGUCAAGUGGUGAUCGUAUUUUACGUAGAGAAAAAAUACGGCCUCGAAGAUAAGGAACGACAAGAGCUGAUGCCCGCACUGGAGGUGGAGCGAAUACUGAAGGAAAAGUUUUGGCGGGACUACACCAUCCUAGGGACGUCGGUUGUGGGCAUUCGAACGACGGUUUGCCAGAACGAGUGCUCGGGGCACGGCGUGUGCAAUGCCGAAACACGGGAGUGCAUUUGCCAAAGCUUCUGGAUGCCGGAUGUUUUCUACUUCUGGGGUAUCGCCGAGGCCAAUUGUGAUUGGUCAAUAUUGUACGUUAUUGUCGGCGUAUUGAUAGUAUUCUUCGUGUUGUCCGGAAUUUGCUGGGGAAUCACUUGCCUUUGCCGACGGUCGGCGAAGCCUCGUACGAGACCCAAACCGCAGAAGUACUCAUUGUUACAGACGCACGACGAGGAAUUGCCUUCCUUUAAUCGCACGGGAACGACUAUUUCCGAUAGCGAAACCGAUUCGGACGUCCUGUUCGAGAGCCGAUCGCGACAAAACGGCGUCAUACCGGGACGGUCCGGUAACGGAGGCCUUCCGAAUGGGGAACUGCGGAACGGAGGUGGUGGACAUCCGAAGUAUGGCGUCACGCGACUUGGACGCCGUAUAAAGGCUUAACUGCUACGCACGCAUGACGCGUGAAGGAAAGCGCCGGUUCAGUGCAAGAGACUCCAGUGCCGCCCGAAAGGACGAGCAUACCCGGGCUGGGGGUUUCCCAAGGCCACUAGUCAGUGAGGAGAGACAUUUUGUUUUACCAUACGUUCCUAAUACGCUUGAUAGUGAUUGCGUCCUUACCGGCAUGCCGCUGAGGGGCAAAAUUUAAUUCCUUAUUAUCGUUGUAUUGUACCUAUUUUAACCUGACUUCCUUUCGCGUGAUCCGUGGUGAUUAUUCAAUUUUCGCCGAGGUGCACUUCUCGUUGCAUUCCAUUCUUUUUUUCAUCAGUACUUAUUUCCAACACAGUAAUUAUAAUAACCAUUGUGAUUCAAAUGCCAUCGAACGGAACAGGAGGUGUUGGAGGACUUGAAAAAUUCACUUGUUUAACGUGCGCCCUAGGCAUGAAAAGUCCAAGAAAGAAGAAAAUCUACCCAUGCAGGAGCGGGUGUGUGAGUGUGUCUGUGUGUGGUGAGCUUAAGUCUUGCAAACGGUCACAGUUCGUCCGUUUUCCUCGAUGUCGCCCAGCGGUACGCAGCAAACGCAAACCGCGUUAGGCUUUUGCUUGUGAGUGUGUUUUUCUUUCUGUCUCUUGGUGAAAUAUUUAGUACGUUUAGGAAAAUCAGUACGCACAUACCAUAUAUUACAUAUAUUAGUCGUGCGGUGCGUAGCGGGCUGUGAGCACCGGCCGAUAGGCAAAGGGGGUGGUGGAAAGCAGUGCAGAUGACCCACGGCAAGGAUUGGGCCUGAAAAUGCGCCGAUCGAUGGGCACGAUGGGGGUGGGUCAGCUCAGCAGUAUUAAACGCGGCAACAGACAUCGUAUGACGUACUUACGGGUGAGCCGGUGUGAGUUAACGUGCUCCUAAAGGGAUAACGAGGACACGCUAUCUGCGUCGUGGCAGGAUUAUUUACGGAAGUGCGGAAUACGACCGAGUCAUAGAAAGCAGGGAGUACAAUAAAAUCGACAUGCAA